AGGGAACCUAUAAGGUUUUGAAUCAUGAGUCCCCGCCUGAGGAGUUAUCUAAUAACUACCUUUGUGGCUUGCUUGCUGGGUGAGGAAAUACGAGAGCUCUUGCUUAGGUUCCAUGGUAUUUCUCCUGGAGAGAGGGAUUGGAACCAUCCCACUGCUUCUUCUAGGUAGAGCUACGUCAUUGUUGUGAAGUGGAUAUCAAUUCGAGUGCUUGGCUACCAAACCAUGCUAAUGCACCGUUUCAUGAAGAGACUGGAUAUCAUUUGCUGAAUGGUCUGAAAAGACAGAAGUCCACGUCUACCCGGAUUGAUAUCCGUCCAGAAGAUCGGCUACGAUCCUGGUGGGAGGUUAGGUCUGUUAGGUACCUACUUAGGUAGUGGUUAGGUGGUGCGAUGUACUAAGGUACGCAGUGUUACAGUUUGCUGCCACUUGGCCCAAGCUCCCUUCAAGAUGCGGCUUUCAAUUCCCUCCAUCCAUACCCGCAGCCGAGACUCGCAUCCGAUGUCAGGUUGUCGAAUUCUCAAAACCUUAAAGGCCGCAACCCAAUCGACCAUUUGAGCUUGAUACCGCGCCUAUCGAGCUGUCAAUGUCGGCAUCCCGGGCAGUUAGGCCCUUUCUGGGGGUCAGCUCGAGGCUGAUUGUCGACCAAUUCCUCCCGAGAUCGGCUGCGACAACUGGGAUGCCGUGGAAGAAGCUUUUUUGCCGCGCUGCCUCAUCCUCAACCCCAACGCGCGCGCCAAUAACAGUAUGCUGGAGCUGUCGGCACGAUUAUGCCUCGAGGCGGCAACAACUGCGCUUCUCGUCGUCUUCUCCUCAGCCUCCUAGCCAUGACAGAGAAAGCGAAUCGAAGCCACAAAACCCCCCGUCUUCCGCACCUCCUCCCCACUAUUCCGCAACCACUGGCGAUAAUAAUACACAAGACAUCCCGAUAGACCAGCCUAAGAUAGAAAAAGAACAAGACAGACCGUCGUCACAACCACCGCCAUCAAUGCAGGAUCCCGACCUUCCCUCAGCCCAGCAAUCGCGACGCUCAGCUCUAAAUCAAUCCCUCACCUCCUUCAUGGACCGCGCGCAAACGACAUUAUUCGUCGCAUCGCAGCGCAUCAACGACCUUACAGGGUACUCGUCAAUUGAAACUCUCAAGUCGCAGAUCUCAGAUCUUGAAGAGCAGCUGCGCGCCGCCCAAUCGCACCUGACGGCCACGCGCAGCGCCUACAAGAGUGCCGUUUCGGACCGCGCCGCCACGCAGCGCGAGGUGACAACACUGCUCGCACGCCAGAAGACCUGGACGCCCGCCGACUUUGAGCGCUUCACGACCCUAUACCGGCAGGACUACGAACUCGAGGCCUCAGUGGGGUCCUGGGCCACUGAGCUUGAGCAGGCCGAGCGCGAGGCUGAGCGGCUCAACCGGGAGCUCGGCGCAGGCAUCCUCGCCCGCUACCACGAGGAGCAGAUUUGGAGCGACAAGAUCAGGCGCAUGAGCACGUGGGGUACGUGGGGCCUCAUGGGCGUCAACAUUCUCCUGUUCCUGCUCCUGCAGUUCGGCGCCGAACCGUGGAGGCGGAAGCGGCUUGUCCGAGGUUUCGAGGAGAAGGUACGCGAGGCGCUUGCUGAGCAGCGGGUCGCCAGGGAAGAGGGUGAACGUAAGGUUGGCGCUCCUGUCGCCACUAUGACUGCUCCCUCGAUAGAAGAUGUCGAGGCGGAGACGACUAGGACUGAGGAGGCCGAAGAGCCUGUCGUCAUAGCAGCUCCCGACGUUGCUGUGCCAGAACCCGAAAUAAUACCGCUGUCACCUACAUCAACAACGCCAGCCCCAAGUCCAGAAUCUCUUUCCGAAAAUAUCUUGCCCAGGAUAUCGUGGCGUGAAUCAUUCGCAGACCUGGGCUUCUGGCGCUCGUUCGCCGAUGAUCUCGUAAGCGACCGGAAAGUUGCGCUUCGGAUGAAAGACAUAUCGCUCAUCGCCGUCGAGGGCGUGGCAACGGGUAUCGUCGUGGCAGGGACUGUGGCCCUCUUCCUGAUCCGAUGGACAUGACGACAACCAGUAAAAUCAAAAUAGGCAGACACUACAUAUAAUGACUUAUCGUGCUCAUGGCCGAGCUACCCAAGGCAAAAUUAGGAAACCGCAUGUCUAGAACAGGACA